AUGAAGGAUUCUUGGAUUGAUACACUUUUACUUCCUCUGGUCGUUACAGCAGUUCCACAAAGUCUACCGGCAUCCUCCUCACCCCUCUCGGAACGAUCCAUAAGUUCCGGAAUAUGUUGCGGUGCCUUAAGUAUCGUCAGUCCGUGGAAGACAGUUUAUUCUAAAUCGACAGCUUACAAUUCGUCAAUGGAAGGAUUCUGGUCUCUUCAGACGACGUUUGACACACCGACUUGUAUAUUCAAGCCUACCUCCAACACUGAUGUAUCGCUCGCCGUGAAGACUCUGAGUUUACUGAAAUGUCAGUUCUCCAUCAAGGGAGGUGGCCACACCCCGUGGGCCGGAGCUGCGAGUAUCAAAGAUGGCGUCACAAUUGACAUGACUGGUAUGAGUGCUGUAACUGUCAGUGGUGACCAAAAGGUUGCUUCAAUUGGCGCCGGAGCUCGCUGGGGAAAAAUCUACUCAGCACUCGAAUCACAAGGGCUCAUGGUCGCAGGAGGACGUGACCCCGAUGUUGGCAUUGGCGGACUAGUUCUCGGCGGAGGAUAUUCCUGGUUCACGUCGACGAUGGGUUUCGUAGCCGACGGCGUCGUCAACAUAGAACUGGUUCUUGCAGACGGGUCAAUCGUCAAUGCAAACUCCACUUCCAACUCCGACCUCUUCCAAGGACUGAAAGGAGGGGGAAACAACUUCGGUGUUGUCACUCGCUACGAUCUGAGAUCCUUUCCGUUCGGUCAGAUGUGGGGUGUGAUUAGGAUCUUCUCAAACGUCACGCAAGAUCAGCAAAUUGCGACGUUUGUAAAUUUCACGGAUAAUGCGCAUGCGGAUACGCAUGCCAACCUGAUCAAUUUCUGCUCGUACAGCUCGGAGACGAAAUUUCAUACGAAUUGGAAUGUACUUGACUACACACUGCCGGUCGAGAAUCCUCCGAUAUAUGCUGAGAUCGACGCCAUUCCUGACGCCGUUGCUGAUACGACCAGGAUUUCUUCCCUCUCUGGCUUAACCGAAGAGCUUUCUUCUGCCACUCAAAGAGUCAGGAACAUCUUCGUGACUGUCAGUUUUGCCAAUGAUGCUGCGAUGUACAGGUCUGCGGUUGAUAUUUCGAAUUCCUAUCUGAAAGAAUUCCUGGACACGCCUGGUUUGGUCUGGUCACUCCUUUUUCAGCCUAUCCCUCGCAUCGUAAGCGACGCUUCCAUAAAAGCCGGUGGCAACGUCCUCGGCGUCGACCGCAACAAAGACAACAUCAUCAUGUACCUCCUCUUCAUCUCCUGGACCGAUGCCAAAGAUGAUAAGGCUCUCCACGCAGCCGCCUACUCCGUAAUCGACGAGAUCAAAGCCAAGUCCGUGGAAACCGGAACUGAUAAUCCAUUCAUCUACUUGAACUAUGCUGGAGAAUUCCAAGACCCGCUUGGUGGAUAUGGCAAAGCUAAUGUGGCGAAGAUUGCGGCGCUUUCGAAGAAGUAUGAUCCGCAGGGUGUUUUUCAGAAACUGGUGUCUGGAGGGUAUAAGAUUACGAAGGCUAAGCCGACGACGCCGUAG